GUCCCGCCCCCUAGGCAGCCUGCGGUUUGGGUGACACGUAGCUUGGUCGGUCUCGUUGACGCCACCGGGCUGGACACCUCCACCUGGGGCCGCGACAGUAGACCGAGAAGGACUUUGCUGAGCCCCUGCCGUCAAACCGCCAUUACUACUUAUAUUUCAACAUUUAACAGACCAUGGAGGCGAAAGACGCAAGUGCAGGCGCUUCAGUGGGCAGCGAUGGCGAGCAAACUGCAAAAACCGCUGCAGCCCCUAAGAAAACAGAUCAAACCGCACCUCAAAGUAAGAUGGAGCAGAUCUUCGGCUUCAAGAAGGAGGACCUGACCUCCUGGUCCAGCCUGGUGGUCCUCCUGAACCGGCCCACGGACCCUGCAUCGUUGGGCAUCUUCCGCUGCUUGUUUGGUCUGCUGAUGGCCGUGGACAUCACACAGGAGCGCGGCCUCAGUCAUGUGGACUACAAGUACCUGGAUGGUGCCCCUGUGUGCCGCUUCCCACUCUUCAAUUUCCUGAAGCCACUGCCCAUGGACUGGAUGUACCUAGUCUAUCUGGUGAUGUUCCUCGGUGCAUUGGGCAUCAUGCUGGGGUGUUUGUACCGUUUGUCCUGCCUUAUGUUCAUCUCCACAUACUGGUACAUCUUUUUCUUGGACAAAACGGCAUGGAAUAACCACUCCUACCUCUACGGCCUCAUCGGCUUCCAACUCACGCUCAUGGAUGGCAACAGAUACUGGUCACUUGACGGCUUGAGUAGGCCUUCUAUCAGAAAUGCACACGUGCCGCUUUGGAACUACACUUUGUUGAGGACCCAGAUAUUCAUAGUGUACUUUAUUGCCGGAGUUAAGAAGCUGGAUGCCGAUUGGUUGGAGGGAUACUCCAUGUCAUACCUGGUGCACCAUUGGCUGUUUGAUCCCUUCAAGAUGAUUCUUUCCGUAGAGCUGGUGAGUUUGCUGGUGGUGCACGGGGGCGGCCUUAUUCUAGACUUGAGUGCCGGCUUCCUGCUUUUUUUCGACGCCACGCGGCCUUAUGUGAUUUUCUUCGUCACCUACUUUCACUGCAUGAACUCGCAGCUCUUCAGCAUCGGCAUGUUCCCGUACACAAUGCUGGCAACCAGUCCACUCUUCUGCUACACCGACUGGCCAAGGAGGUUCUUCGGCCGCUUCCCUGCAUUCCUCGGGGGCGUCCUACCACACACGUCGGUGGACCCCCAGCCCAGCUCCUCCUGCGUUUACCACGAGGCCCCCGGCCACGGGUGCCAGCGGACGCCGACCGCACCCAAAUCUCCUAAACUACGAUUCAAACACAAGCUGGCGGGUGUUUUUACUUUGGUUUACAUACUGGAGCAGUUCUUCCUGCCUUACUCCCACUUCAUCACUAAGGGUUACAACAACUGGACCAACGGCUUGUAUGGCUACUCGUGGGACAUGAUGGUUCACUCCCGCAGCCACCAGCACGUUAAGAUCACAUACAAAGAUGUAAAAACGGGAGAGGUGGGAUACCUCAACCCAGGGGUGUUCACACAAAGCAGGCGCUGGAAGGACCAUGGAGACAUGCUGAAACAGUACGCCACGUGCCUCAGUGACCUCCUGCCUCGCUACAACAUCUCUGAGCCCGAAAUCUACUUCGACAUCUGGGUGUCCAUCAAUGAACGCUUCCAGCAAAGGAUCUUCGACCCACGCGUGGACAUAGUCAGGGCCGACUGGUCACCGUUCCGAGCCAACAGGUGGCUGAUGCCCCUGCUGGUGGACCUCUCACCGUGGAGAACCAAGUUCCAGGAGAUUGAGAGCACUUUGGACAACCAGACUGAGAUCGUCUUCAUCGCAGACUUCCCAGGUCUCCACUUGGAGAACUUUGUGAGUGAAGAUCUGGGCAACACCAGCAUCCACUUGUUACAGGGUAGCCUCAAUCUGGAGAUAGUGGAGGAGAAGAAGAACUUCUCACUGCAGGCUGGGGAGAACAUACAGGUUCCUGCUGGGGCUUACCACAGAGUGUACACAGUGUCUGAGGAGCCAUCUUGCUACAUGUACAUCUAUGUCAACACCACAGAGGCCGCGUUGCAGCAGAACUUCACCAAGCUGCUGGACCUCCAGGAGCGCAUUCGCAACGGGACAGAAACGGAACCUCUUCCGCCCGAGCUGCAGCCUCUCAUGUCAACCAAUGACGAAGACGGAGCCGAAGUAAAUGCCACCGACCCAGUGGUGAGGCUCUUCCUAAAGAGGCAGCGGCGCAUCAAGGAAGUGAAGAAACGCAGGGAGGCCGGCGUGCUGGAGCGACUGGAGCGCUUCACUGUCAGGAAGUACUACGCCAUCCGACGAGGGUUCUUGAUGACUGCCAUUGCGGUACGAAACCUGGCAGUGGGUUUGCCUCCACUGGAGCAGCUGACGCAGGAAGUGGCGUUCGCCAACAUGAAGGAACCCGAGGCAGAAGGCAACCAGGACGAGCGUCUUAAAGAUGAAGUCGGUCAUGGAGAACUCUAAAGUUACUGCUGGAUCACAUGGAUUUUGUGUGUGUACUACUGGACUGUUACAACUCAAGACACACACACACACAGAUCGACAAUGGACAGUUAUAUAAAAGUAUUUGCCAUUUCAGAUUAUUUCCAAACUAGGAAAAGUCAGUAUUUUUGCCGAACUUGCAAUCUAACACUAAAAGAUCAUGCUGUUUCCUUUGGCUGAAAUGAGACCAGAAGUGUUUUUAAAGGGAAAGAUUGGAGUUGGAUGUGAAUGUUUAUUAAUUCUGUUGUUGGACAACUUUGAUUACUUUAUUGUAAUUCAAGAUCAGGUAAAUAAGCAGAUUUUAAAAUGUUGAUUACUGUAUUUCCUUUAAAUAGUGGCCAGAUGUGGUUAUUUACUUAACUAUCCCAUCAGCCAUGACCCAAAUUAGGACAAGCACUUUUGAAAAUGGAUCAGUGGCUUAAUUGAAGGUUAAAGCACAGCAUUUAUUAGAGCAGAGGUCACUAUUUGAGGAAAUACGGCAUACUUGAGGGGGUUUAUUCCUGCUAUUGAGUAAGCUUCUAUGCAAACCCCCAUACUGUGAGUAAAAGCAAGUCUUUUUUUUGUAGUGACUUUUAUAAAAAUAAAAAGUCUGUGAUGUCAGUAA